AUGUUUCUGACAUAUAUAGGUAGAAAAAUUAAUUAUUCUGAUAUUGCAGAUUUAUUUGGCAUAUCAAGAUCAAAAGCAUUUUAUGAUAUUCAUUUUAUGGUAAAGUUAAUUUUGAAAGUAAAAAAUGAUUAUAUCAAGUUGCUUAAUUCAGAUGAAUUUAAGAUAUUAUCAGAAAAAUUUUUAAAACAUUCAAAAUUAAAAAAUACUGUUUUAGUAGUAGAUGGCACACAUUAA